GGGGCUCAGUUGGCUCACUGGAAAGCUUCUUUGCUUCUGAGUUAGAAGUUAAUGAGUUCAAACCCCAUUACAGAUUUGAGUACCUAAUCUGCACUGUACUAAGAGAGUGCUGUGUUGUUGAAUUUAAAACAUAUGUGGCUGUUCAGGUAGAUUUCAAGAUCUCAAAAGUAAAGCCGGAAGAAGUAUGUUGUGAGCUAUCCGACAGGAUUCAUGCAAAUUGGCGCAGUUAACUGGGAGGUCAAAUUUGCCGAGUCACCGCGGAGUUGCAAAUUUACGUGGACUGAACUAUAAGUCAACCAAGAAAUGUUUUCACAAUGGGCCCACAGUCUUUAGGAACAGUGUGGUUUGAAACGAAGGGGAGCGGGGGAAGGGAAAGUGAAACUGAGGAGAAAACGAACUAAAUAAACUAACAGCGUCACAUGAUUAGACAAUAAUACUACUGAAACGUGUUCGUUCCGAGCAGGAUGUAGUUCCUGACUGCUCAGAAGUUGUAAGGACCCUAAUCAUGAUGAGGAGCAGACUGGGAUCUGUAUUGAUCCAAGAAAACCUGUGCAGCGACGGAAUUUACCUGUGACAGUGGUGACUGCAUCAUGGAGGGCUGGCGUUGUGAUGGUGAAGAGGAGUGUACGGAUGGAUCAGAUGAAGCAGCUGCAUUGUGCAAUAAAUUUACGUGCCCACCUGAUACUUUUGGCUGUGCCAGUAACAGAUGUAUCCCAAUGUCGUGGCAGUGCGAUGGUGAGAAGGACUGUGAAAAUGGAACCGACGAGUUGAAUUGUGCAGCUGAUCAGAAGACCUGUCCAACCAAUGAAUUCCAGUGUGGGAACGAUAAGUGCAUUGCCAUGAUGUUUGUGUGUGAUGGUGAUGACGACUGUGGUGAUGGCACUGAGGAACAGCACUGCAUUCCGCUCACCUGUGGACCCCAUGAGUUCCAGUGCAACAACUCAAUCUGCAUCCCUGAGCUGUGGGCCUGUGACAAUGACCCAGACUGCACCGAUGGAUCAGAUGAGAGUGAGGAGAGGUGCGGCCACAAGGCAGCGCCAGCAAGUGCCUGCUCAGCAACUGAGUUUCAGUGCAACAACGGCGAGUGCAUCCACCUGAACUGGAAAUGUGAUGGAGGUGUGGACUGCAAAGACAAAUCGGACGAAACUGGCUGCCCAAUGGUAACUUGCCAACCCGAUCAGUUCCAGUGUAGUGAUGGAAGCUGCAUCCAUGGAUCUAAACAAUGUAACCAAGUCUUUGACUGUCCAGACCACAUUGAUGAGCUAGACUGCGUGAAUGUGACCCCUUGCAAAGGAAUGCACAAGUUCCUGUGCAGGAGUGGAGAAUGUAUCGAUAUGGAUAAAGUGUGUGACUCUCACAGGGACUGCAAGGAUUGGUCGGAUGAACCACUCAAAGAAUGUGGUUUAAAUGAAUGCCUGAACAACAAUGGUGGCUGCUCCCAUACAUGUAGAGACUUGAAGGUUGGAUACGAAUGCGAAUGCCCCGCUGGCUACAAACUGCUGGACACAAAGACGUGCAGAGAUAUAAAUGAAUGUGAGGACCUAGACCGAUGCAGCCAGAUCUGCACCAACAUCAAAGGAGGCUACAAGUGCAAUUGUUUCCAAGGUUAUGAGAUGGAUCCAAUGACUGAAACUUGCAAAGCCGUGGGUAAAAGUCCCUCAGUGCUCUUCACCAAUAGCCAUGAUAUCAGAAUGAUUAAUUUGAUGAAGAAAGAGUACACACGUCUUGUUUCUGCGUUAAAGAAUGUGGUUGCCCUAGAUGUAGAUGUUGAAGCUAACAGGAUAUAUUGGAUUGAUUUGUACUACAAAGGGAUCUAUAGUGCCCCUUUGGAUAAAGCCAGUGACCCAAGCCAGCAUAUGAACCUGAUCAAGUAUGAUCUCCAUACUCCUGAGGGCUUAGCAAUAGAUUGGGUUCACAAAAACAUAUACUGGACGGACUCUGGCACCAGGUCUAUCUCCAUGGCAACUGCAGAUGGAUCCAAAAGAAAGACCCUCAUCAGUACUGAGCUUGAAAAGCCCAGAGCCAUCACAGUUGAUCCAAUUCGAGGGUUCAUGUAUUGGUCUGACUGGGGUAACCCUGCAAAGAUUGAGAAAGCUGGGCUGAAUGGAGUCGAUCGUCAGUCACUUGUCACGGACAACAUUGAAUGGCCAAAUGGAAUCACUUUAGAUCUGCUGAACCAGCGCCUGUACUGGGUUGACUCCAAACUGCAUGAGCUGUCCAGCAUCGACCUGAACGGUGGGAACAGGAAGACAUUACUAUUCUCGGAAGAAUACCUGGGGCACCCUUCUGCACUCACAGUUUUUGAGGACAAGAUUUACUGGACUGACAUUGAGCAUGACACUAUUUACUGUGCAAACAGACUGAGUGGAAGAGAGGUGGUGUCGCUCGCAAAUAAUCUGUACAAUCUACAUGAUAUUGUCAUUCUCCAUGAACUAAAACAGCCCAAAGUUGUAAACUUCUGUACGCAUGGUGUUACACCAAACGGAGGAUGCCAGUACUUGUGCCUGUCGGCUCCCCAAAUCAACAUCCAUUCUCCAAAAUACACAUGCGCCUGCCCUGAUGACAUGAAACUUGGUCAAGACAUGAGAAAGUGUUACCCAACUGGAAAGCUUCCGACUGUCCCCUCGGUGACCAGCAAGAACACAACUUCAACGUCUGACGCAGUUUUCUCCAGUACAGGGAUUUCUGCUAAUAUCACCAACACUGCCGGUGCAACAGUCCUGAUUGGCAUCACCACAUCAGAUCCACAACAGCUCUUCCCUGGCAGCACCGAUACAGACAAUGCAAUCCAAAGUAACAGUUCCUCACCGUUGUCAGACAACCAGGGGGACAGCAAGAAGUUGAGUUCCACUCAUGCCAUUGUGGGAAUUGGCAUUCCAAUAGUGAUCGUUGGUUUAGUCUGCCUGGGAGGUUUCCUGAUCUGGAGGAACUGGAGAAAGAGGAACACAAAGAGUAUGAACUUUGAUAAUCCCGUCUAUAGGAAAACUACAGAGGAAGAGGAAGUAGAGGAGACUCACAUUGGGAGAAAUGGGCAGAUUGGCCAUGUGUACCCUGCACGUGUUGCACUCAGUAUGGAGGAUGAUGGAUUACCCUGAGGCUGCGCUGUGCUGCUCGCAUCCACCUGACCUGCAGACUCCCCAUUGCGAAUGAUGCAGUUAAGGACUGGAUAUAGAGACACUCGAUGGAGAAUUUCGAACAUCCAAAAGAUGUGUAUUUUUAUAUUAGCCAAACGUCUUACACUUUAUAUAAUACAAAAAGUAAUUGGAUUUUUUUGCACUGAUGGUACUUAUUCUUAGAAAAAAGUUACAUUGACUGAAAGAGCUAAACUGCAAUUCUUUACAUUUGUAUAUAAUUGCAAUGUCACACUUGUAAGCAUAGCCUCUUCUAGCUAUAUUUAUACAGUUUGUAAAUAAAUUUAUCUGAGUGUGUCACGGUUUAAGAUUUUAGAGAAAGCUCAAUUAGUUGAAACUCUCCAAAUGACAAACUACAGGGGGAUAAAAAGAUAGGUAUUUAUUUAGGGAUUUAUUUCCUUGAUAAACGUGGGUUAUGUAUAUAUGAAAUGGAAGUAGGAAAUAUUUUCAUGCAUUUUGCAUUUUCUGUACAGUGAAAUCCUAAUUGCAUAUUUGUUUAUAUGAGAGGAGAAUGUAUUUAUAAAAUUUGGGAAUAUAUUUAAGUGGAUGCUCACACCCUCUUGCAUUUUCUGUACCGUGUCUGACUUAAGCAGAGUCUGCUCCUUUUUAAGUGGGUUCUGACUCCCUCCCUGUGUUCGCUGUACAGUGUCUGACCUCUACUUAAGUUGUUCCUUUUCAAAAUUCUACGUUGUUUUUUUCCUUCUUGUUGAUAUGUGCCAUGGUCUAAAUUUUUCAUUUUACAAGUGUAAUUUUUUUAUAAGAAAGUAACUGGCUGUACUGAAGGCUGAUUGAGGAAUGGAAUGACAGGAUGUAAUAAACCCACUGAGAUUGGAAGACCCCACGAGCGAUUUGGGAACAAUAAAAUUGGUCUCAUGCACCUCUUUGUGGGAGGGGCAGCAGCAAAUCAACCAGAAUUUGUCCACCUGAUCGCUACUGAAGUCACAACUAAUGGAAACUGCAAUUGAGGAUGUCAUGUAAGAGCAGAAUCUGUCCCAGCUGUAAUGACCUCCACAUUUAGACACGCAAAGAAUGGUGGGUGCAAAGGCUCUUGGUGCCAGUGGUACCAUUCCUCAGUACUUUCAGGAGAUGGGGGCACCUUGCAGGGAAGGGGGAAAUUUUAAAAAGAAACUGCUGAGAUUCAAUGUGGUGUAAAAUGUACAUAUUGGAUCUGCAGUACAAAUAAAAUUAAAAAAAAUACUG